CGAGUUCACACCACUCUGAGCUGGGUACUGAGAACGUUGGCAUUGUAGUACUUGGUCGUGAGCCUUACUGGGUAGUUUUGAGUCAACCAUCUCUCUGAAGCCUCAAAACUCUCACCGUUAGGAAGCUUCAGUCAGGUGAGGGUAUCAGAGGCUUCAAUUACCUUAACGGGGAAGGUUUAACGAGGAAGGUUUAACGAAGAAGGUUUAACGAGGAAGGUUUAACGAAGAAGGUUUAACGAGGAAGGUUUAACGAAGAAGGUUUAACGAGGAAGCUUAUGGGAUAUUAAUAACACCCACUUCAGCCCCUUGAAAUAGCCUGACUAAUUUCUCGCUGGCAAGGUCAUGGCGAUGGGUGGUAGACGUGCGUGUGUGUUGGUGGUGCUUCUCGUAAUGGUGGAGAUCGGCAUCGUCCAUCUCCACCAAUCACCUCCCCUGAUGAUGAAGACUGCAGUAGGAGAGACAGAGGGAGGAAGAGGAGGAGGAGAAGGACCCAAGCUAGAGGAUCUACAGCAGCAGGAGGACGAAGAGGAAGGAUCGGGUGUCUCAGCUCCCCAGGUGUAUGUUGAAGGUCUGGGGACAGCGAGAGGAAGGGUCUUGAAGUCUUUCCUAGGGAGGGAAUUCUACGCCUUCAUGAGUAUCCCGUACGCAAUGCCUCCCGUGGGCGACAGAAGAUUCAAGUAUCCCGAGCCAUGGACCGGUAAGUGGGACUCGGAGGUUGAGGGUGACUACGAAGCCACUUGGUUGAGGGCGAGGUGUCCCCAGGAGUCACUUAUCCGAAGCAUUGUGGGCGGCAGGGAAGACUGUCUACAUGUCAGCAUCUACACCCCGAAGCUGAAGGAGGAGCUAGGGGAAGGAGUGGGUCUUCCUGUGAUGUUUUGGAUUCACGGUGGAUCUUACAUGACGGGGGACGCUAACCUGUAUGUCCCCACGAAGUUAAUGGACCGGGACGUGAUGGUAGUAGUGGUCCAGUAUCGCCUCGGGACAUUAGGGUUCCUGGCUGGGGGCACACCUGAGGCACCAGGUAACAUGGGACUUAUGGACCAGAUAGAGGCUCUCCGCUGGAUACAGAAAUAUAUACAAUAUUUCGGAGGUGACCCGGACAAGGUGACGGUAUUUGGCCAGAGUGCAGGAGGUGCCAGUGCCUCGUGGUUACAGAUGACUUCCCUUACUAAUGAAACAACACCUAACAACAACGGUAGACAACUUCUCCAUCGGGUUAUUCCUGAGAGCGGUUCCUCCCUUGAGAUCUGGACCAUUGACGAUAAUCCCGAGAAGUCAUUCAUGGAUACCGCUACCUUGCUGGACUGUGCGGGGGAAGAGACGAAUAACACAGACGAGAUGAUAAUAUGUAUGAGAAGCAGAAGUUUCCAGGAAAUUGCCCAAGCUUCUUUAACUCUCUAUGGACGAGACAGGCGAGCAGGAGGCCUUGGUUUCAAAGGAUUGUGUCCGGUUAUCCAGAGCGGUAUGGAGGACUCUGGCAUUGAAUUAGUGAUUCCCGAAGACCCGAGAACCACCCUGCAGAAGGGAGACUUCCUCAAGAUACCUGUCAUGACUGGUAGUGUACGCGACGAAGGAUCUCUUGUUAUUGGCUUGACCUACAAAGAUUUCCUCUACCCCAAUGGCCACACGACUAACGAUACAGAGUUCAUGAGAGACGAGGCUGUUCAUACUCUCAUCAAUGCGUUUGGUAUUGAUGACAAGAAUGGAGCUGUGACAAAUACCAUGCAAGUGGGUUAUUUCCCUAAUGCCAUCAUGGGGGAGUGGGAUACCAUGGUGGGUGGUAUGAUAGAUAUGGGUGGGGUGAUGUUCCUUAAGUCUGGUCUAUGGGAGGCAGUUCACGCUAUGUACAAGGCAGCGCCAGAGGUCCCUGUUUACUUCUACUCAUGGGAGUUUGAGAGUGAUGAUUCUCUCUUUCCUUGGAUAUUUCUCUCCAUGCCUGACGUUCCCGUUCAUGGAGAUGUAGCCCACACUGAUGAGUUACUUUACCUGUUCCACCUACCUGCCGAUAUGGACCACCGCCAGAAGGUGAUGGUGAAUCGUAUGGUGACACUGUGGACUAAUUUCGCUAAAUACGGUAACCCAACUCCUCAAGAUGUGGCGUACGAGGGGGAGAGGUGGAAGGGCGAGGUGGAAGAGUGGCGACCGUUCACCCUCGAGGGACAACAAUUUAUGCUCAUCACUGACAACUUCACCAUGAACCUCGACUACACCAAACGAUGGAACUAUCACCGUGACCUCGUUGACCCUACUACUGAGCCACCCAGCACUACACCCAACCCACACCUGGUCGAUAAGGACGCCUACGACAAACAGGUACGGGAGAAGGAACAGUUCCAAAUAGCUACUGGUAUCCUGGGAGGCGUGUGUGUCUGUACACUCGCGCUGUUCAUCGUCGUUUCUGUCAAGUUGAGGAAGAAAACUAACGCUAUUGUGUGAUGCUGAUACGCCAUGUUAGGUUAGGUUAGGUUUGGUUAGGUUAGGUUAGGUUUGGUUUGGUUAGGUUAGGUUUGGUUAGGUUAGGUUUGGGGGAUGAGUCUUUCUAUAAUGAGCAGAGUCCAUGAUGUAAACCCCCCCCCCCCCAAG